UCAAAGCCACAAGUUGAAUCACAUUGACAACGCGUUCAGCGUGUUUGGUCAACACGUCACAGUAGCGAUGCCCUUGCUCCGUUCGUAGCGAUGCCCUUUGUUACUAGUAGCUUCUUGUUACUAGUAGUAUGGCCAGGAGCCCCUAGUUGCGUCUUUGCUCCUAGUAGCGAUGCCCUUGCUCCUAGUAGCCAUGUCCUUUGUUCGUAGCGAUGGGCGCAGCUGGGAUCUCACCGGUCACUCCUUGGGAGAUACAGGAGCUAUUGUGCUUGCAGAUGCCCUCAAGGGCAACUCCUCUUUGCGCACCCUUUGCUUACGCUGGAAUUCGAUCCAGGAGCGGGGUGCUUCAGCUCUAGCCCUUGCUUUGCAAGGCACUCGUCUCAACAGCCUAGACACUUAUUGCAACUCCUUUGGCAAUGGUGGCGUUCAACAUUUGGCCAAGGCACUCCAGGGCAAUCGAUCGCUGCAUCACUUGGACCUGGGCUGGAACUCUAUCGGUGAUCAUGGAGCAGCAGACUUAGCAGAGCUCCUUGCCAAGAACACAUACCUCUCAGAUCUUGGCCUUGAACGGAACUUCGUGGGCGACCUCGGAGCCCAGAAGCUGGCGGCCGCGCUGCAAGUGAACCGAAGUCUUCUCAAGCUUCGAUUAAAUGGCAACCCUUUGGGAGAGGCAGGUCUCCGGGCCCUUGAGGCUGCGAGGC